GAGUCGUUUGUCCCCAAUUCUCAAAGACAGCUUGUCUUUUUGCAUUACAAAAUCUUUCCCAUCACUUUCUCUCCUUAUAUAAGAUACCCCCAUCGAUCUUUACACACCAACUCAUCCAUCCCUUCUUUGGUUUUCCCUUUGAUUUUCCUUUGUCUCAGACAUUCAUUUUUUCCAUGGAGAAUUUGAGGAUGAUGAGGAACCAAACCAGAAUGUCUCCUUCAAACUCAUCACCAUCAUCAUCCCUAUCCAUUCAUAAAGAUUCGCAAACAAUAACAAAGCCAAAGAUACGGAUCAUUCACAUAUUUGCACCAGAGAUCAUCAAGACUGACGCAGCAAACUUCAGAGAAUUGGUGCAAAGACUCACUGGGAAACCACCUCAACAAAAGGGUUGCAAAAGGAAACCAAGAAUCGGCGGAAAAGAUGACAAGCCAAUGGAGCUAAGAACUGGGUUUCUUGCAGGGAUUGAAACAAGAGAAAGGGUUAAGGAAGAAGGAGGUGGUUUCUCAAGUGGUUUUGGAGAUUUAGAUGAUUUUAUUCAAGAGAUGGGUGAAUUCCCUUUGCUUCCUUUGGAUGAUUCUCAUCACAUGCAUGGAUUUGAAGAAGCUCAACUAAUGGCAUAAAAAUUGAUUCUGGGUCUUUUAAUUUUGUAAUUUUAUGUUCCAUCUUCCCUGAUUUUGGUUUUGGUAUGGGGUUUAGUUGUAGAUUUUACUGAAUUUUAUGAUUUUCUCAUGCAUCUCUUUCUCUCUUUCCCUGUAAAUAUAAGAGAUUAACUUAAUUUCAUACUCUCCCUUUUUUUC